UCAUUUUCUCCGUUGCCUUUCUUGUGAUUUUUCGCUUUUGGAAAUUUCUAUUUUUGAAUUGAGUUGGGGAAUUUCGUGCUGAUCUUUGGGGGUGUAUUGUGAUGGGUAAAUGAUUUUUCUUUUAAUUUUUUUUUUUUUUUUUUGAAAUGGUUUGGAUCAGGUUUGAUUUCUUAGUGUUUUAGCGGGCCAGAUCGAAAUUUUAAAUGCGUAGUUUUGUUGUGGGAUUGGGUCAUGCCGGGUAGGGGUUGGUUUGUGAUCUGUCGUUUUAGCUGAAUUAGGGGCUUUGUAGGGGACCGAUCUAGUCUUGUAAUAUGGUAUAAUCAUGGGUUUCUUCAUAUAUUUGUUGAUGAUUGUAUGGGAUCCGUUGAAGGUUCUGUUUCUCUUGCAGUUUGGUCUCGCACAGAAUGUAGCUUGUAUCCAGUGUUAUGGUAGGAUUAGUAUACGAAACUAGUGUCCUUGAAAUGGAAAGUCUACCUGACGUAAGGUAUUUUUAAUUUUUUUCUGCUGUCAUCAUUGGGAUAUUCUCCCUGUGCCAAGUAAGUAUCCUGUUGGACUUUAAGUUCCUGGUGGUCUUUGUUAAUCUAAUUUUCUAGGAGUUGUACACCCCUAAAAUCUUUUGAUUAAGAAGAAGGCCCAUUUUACAAAUGAUUGGCACAUUGGAUUUCUCAAGGGACUUAGAAUUAGCUAUGAACUGAGGUUUUGCUGCAAAUGGUACUAGAUGAAAUCCAGUCGUAAAAUUCUCAACCUCUUGGACCAGUGUCUCACGUUGAUGCAUAUCAAGCAAAUUCAAGCCCAUCUUACAGUUUCAGGCACCCUUUCUGAUUCUUAUGCUGCAGCAAAGAUCAUUGCCUUUUGUGCAGCUCCUGACCGUAAUAAUUUAUGUCAUGCUCACCGACUCUUUUGUUGUCUGCCUUAUCGGACCAACUACAUCUGGAACAUAAUGAUAAGGUCCUUUACUGAGAGAAAUGAGCCCAUCAGAGCUUUUUCUGUAUACAACAAAAUGCGUGAGAAUAGUUUCUUACCUAACAACUACACCUUCUCUUUCCUCCUCAAUGCCUGUGCCGAUCUUUCGGACUUUCCAUUGGGUUUGGUGAUCCAUGGCCAAGCCAUCAGGUUGGGUUGGGAGUUGUAUGACUUUGUUCUGAAUGGAUUGAUCCACUUUUAUGUUACUUAUUUCUGCAUGGGCUCAGCUCAUAAGCUGUUUAAUAUGAGUGUAAACAGAGAUGUUAUCACAUGGACCUCUUUAAUUAAUGGCUAUGUCAAGUCGGGUCAGCUUUUGAUUGCAAAGGAAUUGUUUGAUCAAAUGCCAGAAAAGAAUGCGGUUUCUUGGAGUACUAUGGUUAAUGGGUAUGCACAAGUUGGGAUGUUCAAAGAGGCUCUAGAACUUUUUAGUGACAUGCAAACUUCUGGGAUUGCGCCUAAUCAUGCUAGCAUUGUUGGUGCACUAACUGCUUGUGCUUUUCUUGGUGCAUUGGAUCAAGGAAGGUGGAUACAUGCAUAUGCGGAUAGAAAUAACAUGCAGUUAGAUAGAGUAUUGGGUACUGCUCUUGUUGACAUGUAUGCAAAGUGUGGCUGUAUUGAAACUGCUCGUUGUGUAUUUGAUGUGAUGUUGGAUAGGGAUGUUUUUGCUUUUACGGCUUUGAUUUCAGGUCUAGCUAAUCAUGGUCAGAGUGCAAGUGCAAUUGAGUUGUUUAUCAGGAUGCAAAGUGAAGGAGUUCUACCAAAUGAAGUUACAUUCAUAGGUGUCUUGAGUGCUUGUGGUCGAAUGGGGCUUGUGGAUGAAGGAUUGAGAAUCUUUGAGAGCAUGAGUACGGUUUAUGGGAUUGAGCCAGGGUUGCAGCACUACGGGUGUUUGGUGGAUCUCCUGGGGAGAGUUGGAAUGCUAGAAGAGGCAAAGAAGGUGGUAAGUCAGAUGCCCAUGGAACCUGACUCAUACGUAUUGGGCGCAUUGCUCAAUGCGUGUAGAGAUCAUGGAGAUGUAAAAUUUGGCCAAGAAAUGGCUGAUCGCUUGGCUGAGCAAGGACUAGACCACAGUGGGGUUCAUGUUCUUCUUUCAAACAUAUAUGCCUCUGCUGAUCGAUGGGAUUAUGUCACAAUUGUAAGAAGGGGAAUGGAAAAGAAGAUGGUGACAAAGAAGCCAGGAUGUAGUGUAAUUGAAAUUGAUGGUGCGGUCUGUGAAUUUGUUGCUGGAGACAGGUCACAUGAGUGCAUGGAGGAAAUUGUUUUUUCAUUGCUUUCCAUCGACAAGCACUUGAAAUCUUCUUGGCUUAGUGAUGAUGGUGAUGACAAGAUAAUCGAAUAAGUCAAUUUGCAGAUGAUAGUUUUGUGCUCAAGUAUUAUUGAGAACAAAAUGUUCUUGCAUUAAUGUUGAUCUUUUGUAUCAAUUAUCUGUUCAAUCUAUUUAAGCUGUGUUUCACUCUUGGUUUUUGUUCAUUUUAUUGGGCAAAAAGUUCUUGUUUUAAAUUAUUAAAAUUAAGUAGAAUGUGGAACAUUUACAUUUAGGAUAAAUUUCUUAUAAGAGAGUUUGAUUCUUGUAUAGUUGAUGUUAUUGGCAUCGUGUUUGUAGUACUAUUCUAGUUCUGAAUUGAUUAUUUAUCUUGUUGGAUUUGUGUUAGUGCUAUACAAUGUGGCUCUCAUUGCCACUCAUUGGGUUA